UGUUUUGCGUGCGUUGUGCAGUUGUGCUGUGUACUGUGUUGCGGUGCAGGUGAUUGUUAUCAAUUGUUAUCAGUACUUACUCGGUAGAACCUGGUAGCUGGCAGAACAACAUUCCAUAUUUUAGUACAAAUAAACUACCUCGAAGGACAGAAUAUCAUGAUUGUUAACCAAGAAAUACCAUUUGAUGCGUCAUGCCUCGAAAAAGUUUACGUUAAUCUACGCAGCGUCGAACGUUCGGUUGACCUGCUAACAUCUUCGCUUAUCAAACGGCAAUCGUCGGCUGAGUUGCUAAAGUGGACACUGAAAGCACUCAGCCUGACGGACCUGACAACACUCAGCGGCGAUGAUACAAGGGCAAAUGUGGAACGAUUAUGUUUCCGAGCUGCCUAUCCGUUUCCGGAAAGGCUAACGGAUCCGAAGUUGUACGGCAAGAUUCACACGGCUGCCGUUUGUGUGUAUCCUAGCAGAGUAGGUGAUGCACACGAAUCACUCAAGACAUUGGAGAAAUUGGACGAAAUUCAAAUCGCGGCAGUUGCGACCGGUUUUCCUUCCGGGCAAUAUCCUCUGCAUUCUCGACUGCAGGAAAUCGAAUAUGCCAUCGGGCAGGGUGCAACCGAAAUCGACAUCGUUGUUGACCGAAGUCUUGUACUGCGGAACGAUUGGGCACAACUAUACGAUGAAAUCGUCAGCAUGCGGAAAGCUUGCGGUGAUAAGGCACAUUUGAAAACUAUCCUGGGCAUAGGAGAAUGCGGAACUAUGGUUAAUGUCUACAAGGCAUCGAUGGUGGCAAUGAUGGCUGGUUCGGAUUUCAUUAAAACUUCAACCGGUAAGGAGGCCGUCAAUGCUACAUUACCCGUAGGAUUGGUGAUGAUUCGUGCCAUCCAGGAGUUCUAUAGAUUAACCGGCAAGAAAAUUGGCCUCAAACCGGCCGGUGGUGUUCGCACGGUCAAGGAUGCUGUAGCUUGGAUAAUAAUGAUUCAGGAAACUUUGGGUGAUGAAUGGUUAACACCGGAACUGUUUCGUUUCGGGGCGUCCGGUUUGCUGGACGAUAUUGAAAAACAAUAUUACAAUCUCUCGAAAAAAUCAAAAUAAUAGUUGUUUAAAGAUUUAGUAUAAACAGUGUCUUUAUUCGAAUUUGUACAAUACAAUAAAAAUAAAUAACUAGA